AUGGCAUCAAAUAUCAUAUUCUUCUUCUCACUAACGCUCGUCAUCGCUGGUGCAAUGAUGGUGAGUACUCCGACAGCCAAAGCUCAGAUUUCGCAUCCUUGCAAAACAACUAAAGAUUGUGAAUACCUUCAUUGCUCUAGCGGCACACCUCUAUGUGUGAAGAGACAAUGCCAAUGUAGCGUUUCAGUGACUCGUCAAGCCAAAAUCGACAAUUUAAUAACAAUGAGUAAUGAGCAGACGUGCAAGUCGACGAGUGAUUGCGAUCCUCAUAUGAAAACUACAUGUGUCUCGGGCUCUUAUAUGUGUUUUAAUGGCUUUUGUACUUGCAUAUGA